CAAAGGUUCACAUAAGGUGGUGGCUGUUUGGCUUAACGGUUCUGUUCCUAAAAACUGAACUUUAUUCGGACUAACAGCAACCUGUCAAAGGCCUCAAGAUAUAUACAUAAGUGGAUUUUGGAGCAGGUGUCAUGGCUUCUCUUGCUUCUUCUUUGACUGAAGACCAGAAAAAACAGAUCUGCUCCUUGCUGGGGAAUGCUGAACUGACGCUCCUGUAUAAAGCCAGUGUUCAUGGAUACGCAGCUUCAGCUUUUCAUCAGAGAUGUGACAAUCAGGGCCCAACGCUUGUUGUGGCCUAUAACUACUCAGGCUACGUCUACGGUGGAUACACUAGUAAAGAUUAUGCUCAAACAGGGCAGUAUAUUAGUGAUGACAAGGCUUUUAUUUUUAGCUUCCAACAAGGCACGACUCCUGUUCGUUUUAUGGUUAUGACUCUGUAUGGCGACAAGGCUCGAUAUGAUGACCAUCAGGGUCCUCGCUUUGGAGAUGAUAUGUAUUUUUUAUACAAUAACAAAGCACGGGUGUGCACGUCUCCUGGAAAUGUCUACAUGUUUGAUGUUGCUUCACUGUGUGGAAAUAACAAUCAGCUGACUGAAUGUGAGGUCUAUAAGGUAACAGAGGCCUCUGUACAACCUGAAAUCAGUGUUGAGAAGAAACCAUGGAGGAAUAUUGUGUGGACAGCUGAAAGAAGAGCAGAGCUCAUGGAAUCAAUAACGAGCUACAAACCCCUGAUGAACAGUGUGACCAGAGUCAGAAUUCUACUGAUUGGUCCUGUUGGUGUUGGGAAGUCCAGUUUUUUCAACUCUAUCAACUCUGUCUUUAGGGGUCAUGUGACCAGUCAAGCCACUGCUGGAUUUUCAGGCGUCAGUGUAACAACACAGUUACGCACCUACACAGUGAAGGCUGGCCAUGAGGGAAGUGCAUUACCAAUCAUUUUGUGUGACACUAUGGGAUUAGAGGAGUUAUCCGGUGCUGGACUUGACAUUGACGAUAUCAGCAACAUCAUUAAAGGGUACAUACCAGACCGGUACAAGUUUAACCCUACAUCAGCGUUUCAGCGAGAUGAGCAUGUGGAAAACAAGUCUGUGACUCUGCAGGACAAAAUCCACUGUAUUGUGUAUGUGCUGGACACCUGCAAAAUAGCCCUCCUGCCCAGUAAAGUGGAGGAAAAACUCAGUGCCAUUCGACGGAGAGUUAAUUCACUGGGAAUUCCUCAGAUUGUUCUGCUCACUAAAGUGGAUGAGGCGUGUCCCCUUGUGAGAGAAGACGUACAGAACAUCUACCUCAGCUCCUACAUCAGAAAAAAGUGCCAGGAGGCGAGUUCUUGUGUUGGUGUGCCUGUGUGUAAUAUAAUCCCAGUGAAGAACUACAGUCAGGAGUUUGAACUGGACCUAAACGUUGACAUCCUGCUUUUAACUGCAGUGCAACAAAUGCUUCGCUAUGCAGACAACUACUUCGAAGACAUCAGUUCUGCAGAAAACAUGGAUGGCUUUUAGUUAAAGCUAAAGCUGGAUAGCUAAAGCUAUUAUGCAGUUAUAUUGGGGAGGGGUGGCGUUAUCUUUCUGCUACAAUGAACACAAAUCAUACAAAAAUAAAACAGGCAGAACCCAAACAUUACCAAUACAAGAGCCAGAGAUUUAUUCAUCAUAUAGUUAUUUCUCAUGUUAACUGGAACAGGACAGUGUCAUAACACCACAGCUCACACAGACACGUUCUUCUGUGCUUCAUAACCUAGUAACUCACCAUAACCAGAUUUAGGGACUGAAUAUUGCACUUAAAAUGAGUCAAUAUUUAACUAAAGCUUGGCAGCACAGAAUUUUAGAAAUGACACUUUUUUGCAAAUUAACAAAAAUAAAAAAGUUAAUUAACAAUAAA